CAGACUAUUCAGCUACUAACCGAAAAAGUCCUGCGAAGUACGGCACCUUGGAAAGCUGCAGGGGUAGAUGGAAUCCCGACAGCGGUUUACAAGACCUUUGCAAGCGCCAAAAAUUACCUUACUAGGUUUGUCCUUGAAACAAUACAUGGGACACGGAACAUCACGGAGCGGGACGUCAGAGCAAGAGUUGUACUAAUAUUUAAAAGUGAGAUCAUCAAACAGUGCCUCCCAAACUGGGCUAUCCCACCGGAACAACUAGCCAGGACAGGGGUCUGGGGCACAAUGCAUGGACUGCUCAUUGAUAAGGCAUGCACCCAGAAAGCCAGGAUGGACCGAGUGGGACACUACACCGCCUGGUUUGAUUUUAGCAAGGCCUAUGAUUCUAUUGAUAUUUUCCAACUACUGAGACUGGUCGGUGCGCUGCCCAUUCAUGAUAACAUUGCCAACACGCUGAAAGCAGCCAUCAGGGUUUGGUCUGUAGUCAUCCAGGUCGGGAAAGACAGGACUAGGCCAAUUUAUGUCAAGAGAGGGGUCUACCAGGGUGAUACCAUCAGUCCAAUCCUGUUUAUCCUGAUCACGGCUUUCUUAAUCUACCUAGUACGGGAAGACAAGAAGGUAAAUAAGAUUUUCAGAGGAAAGCAGCAGGUGUCAGCUUUCAUGGAUGACUACAAGGUCCAUGCGCCAUCAGAAGAGGGCAUUAAAUGUAUUGCGGAUGUCAUCACCGAUGGCGGGGCGGAAAUAGGGCUCAGCUUAAACAUCAGGAAGUGCGGAGUAUUCACACGGGUGUACCUGGAGGAUGAGGAAGUGCUGGAUGAGGGUGAAGAGAUGCUGUUCCUUCCAAGAGUCAGGGACUCAUAG